CACGUGCACGUGCAACCCUGGACCUGCGCCACCACUGAAACACUCCAUAUCUCAAGAUCUCACGGAUUCAGCUUCACUAUCUUUGACUCAUACCUUCUAUAUCCUGCUAGACAAGAUAUAUCCAAACAUACUAGACAACCCCUUGUACUUAUUCUGCAAUGUCACAGGAAUCACCUCUUAGUGAACCAGUCAUCCACCACGGCAAGAAAUUUAUCGUGCUCAGCGAUUGGGAUGGCACGAUCACCACGCAGGACUCCAAUGAUUUUGUGACGGACACCUUUGGGAUGGGGCGCUCAGAUCGCGUUCUGCUCAAUCAGCGUAUACGUAAAGGCGAAGAUAACUUCCGGGAUGGUUUCCGGAAGAUGAUCGUGAGCGUCAACGAGAAUGGCAAGGAAGAAGGAAAGGUGACGCAUACAUUUGAGUUUUGUAAAAAUGCUGUCGCGGAAAAUAUCAAAGUCGAUGAUACUUUCAAGGGCUUCUACGAAUUUUGCGAAAUGAAUGAUAUACCCGUGGUAAUUGUGUCCAGGUACAAAAAAUUGUGGUUUCACCGUGCUGUGCAUUCAUACCUCCGCAGUGGUAUGGAACCUAUUAUCCGCGCAGUCCUGAAUAAGUACCUGGCCAGCCUUGACGGCAUUCAAAUAAUAUCGAAUGAGGUGAAAACCUACGAUGAUGGGAGCUGGGACAUUCAAUACCGUCAUCCUGAGAGCGGUUUCGGACAUGACAAGUCGAAGGCGAUUGCGCCAUACAGGAAUAUGGAUCCUGCCCCCAUCGUAUUCUUCUUUGGUGAUGGCGUCUCAGACUUAUCCGCAGCGCGGGGGGCGACUUGUCUGUUCGUCAAGUUCAAGCCGAAUGGAGAGAACGAAUUGAUGGAAUACUGCAUCAUAAACAAGAUCAAGCACCGGUUAUUCCAGAGUUUCGAGGAGGCGCAAGGUGUGAUAAAGCUGAUCAUCUUCGCAAAGACGGAAGAAGAGCGACAGAAUAUCAUUGCACGGGAGUGGCCUGAAGUAGCUUAGAAGUUGUCUCACCUCGCCCCCAGUGAUGGCGAUCGCAAGGGAGAAGAAGUAUCGAGUACUCUCGUGACACAAUGCAUUUAGAUUUGGAGGCAUCAAGAUCGCGCCUUUAAUUGAUCAAGUUGAACCCAGCUUA